GCCACAUUAAUUUCGACAACCAGCUUGGGAGAUACGAACAAUACGCUGGAUACGAUUUCGAGCGUAUAGCUCGCCGUCGUGACAGAUGGUGUCCUGAAUAGCCUGGACAUAUACACCACUAAUCAGCGGCUGACGAGCUAUCGCAACAACAACCUUCCUCUUCGCCAGAUCCCAUGGAAGCCAGUCCUUACAGAAACACCUCGAAAUGGACAAGGAGAAAGAUAGACCAGAUGCCGGGUUAAGGUCUCUCGAUCAUUACAAGAUCAAACUCCCCAAAUGGCGAUAUUUCCUCCGUGAGCAAUUCCUCCCGAUCGUGCGUUGGGAGACCCCAUACGUAGCAUGGCUGCAAGAAAGUCUGAGGACACCGGCGUUGGACACAUACUUUGCAUUUUCGGCCAACCUGGGCACACAUACCGCGUUUAUGGUGUUACUGCCGAUUCUGUUUUGGUGCGGACAUACAAGUGUUGGUAGAGGGUAAAUGAUGUGCCCUGGAACAAAAGAGUUGGCCAAAGUGUAUCUGACUUUUGCUACAGAAUGGUACAUGUCCUGGCAGCUGGUGUCUUUUUCACCGGCUUCAUCAAGGACAUGCUGUGUCUUCCCAGGCCACUGUCGCCACCUUUGCAGCGAAUCACCAUGUCGGGCUCUGCGGCGCUCGAGUACGGCUUUCCCUCGACCCAUUCGACAAAUUCCGUCUCGGUAGCGAUCUACUCGCUUUACUUGCUUCACGACAACGAUCAGAUGAACCCGAACACCAAGUUUGGCCUGCAGAUCAUGUUCUAUCUCUACGCCUUCUCCAUCGUUCUGGGUCGGCUCUACUGUGGGAUGCAUGGAUUCUUCGACGUGAUCUGGGGUACUUUCAUCGGAGCAGUUCUAGCUUGGGUCCAAUGCCGCUGGGGCGCGAGCUUUGACGAAUGGCUACACACGGGUGACGUGCAGCGACUUUUCCUCGUCAUUCUCAUUGUCCUGGUCUUGGUACGAAUUCACCCCGAGCCUGCGGACGACUGCCCCUGCUUUGAUGACAGUGUUUCAUUUGCCGGUGUGUUCAUUGGCUGCCAAUACGGUGUGUGGCACUUUGCGCGGACCUCUUACGCAUGGUCAGAACCAAGUCCAGGAACCGUUCCGUUCGAUCUGGCUAAAAUGGGUUGGGGGGUGGUGGUGAUGCGCAUUGGAUUGGGAGUUCUCACGAUCUUCGCAUGGAGAGGAAUCAUGAAGCCGACCCUCCUGAGGAUUUUCCCUCCUGUUUUCCGUGUGAUCGAGCACCUUGGUCUUACACUGCCGAGACGAUUCUUCAAGCCCGCUUCCGAAUAUGAAAAGGUGCCCAAGCAAGACAAUGACGACAAUGUCAUCCCUCCCGCCAGGGAUAUCCCUCAUUUGUUGUCCUCGUUCAGAAGGAGAAGGGCGAUUUCGGUUGGUCCGCAGUCAGAAGCCGACGCGUACGAGGCGUUGGCGUACCGGAACAAGAGGAGGAGAGACAGUCGAAUUCUCGAAGGUUCGCCCAGUCCGGCCAAACAAGCUUCCCCCGAGCCGAGUUAUUUCCAGGAGGAUAAUAAGAAUAACAGUUCGGCGCAAAGGGGUUCUCUAGCUUCUUCCGGCGGCAGGAAUCGGUCGAGCAGUCUCGAGACGUUUCGCGCCCAGAUGGGUGCCGGGGUAGAUCAGUUGUCUCCCAUGCCGUUGACGACACCCGGCGCUCGCGGUUCGCCCAGCCCUCAAGAAGUUCAGGCCAUGGAUCUACUACAAGAGAGGCGACUGUUUGCGAGUAUCACGAGACCAAGAGUACGAUAUGAUGUCGAGGUGGUGACGAAGUUGAUUGUCUAUUCCGGGAUCGCCUGGUUGUCGGUUGAGGGCAAUCCCAUCUUGUUCAAGCAUUUGGGUCUAGCGGUCGACUAGGCCGGCGGCCAUGGAACAAAGAACUUGGGGUUAUCAUUAUCAUUGUUGUUUAUUCUCUACCCCCGUGGUUCUAGCUUUUAGUAAAGAAUGGGGAAAACCUUUGAAGGAAUAAAACCUAUCCUCCUCUUUCGUCUUGUUGGUUACGCUUUGUACCGAGUAUCUGCGGC